AACCGAGCGUGGACAAUAGCAUGCAGUAGAACCAAACUUAUCCUGAUUUAUGAUCUUCCUGGAACAUUUUUUCAUCCUGAUAGUGCUCCAUAUGAAUAACAGCUCCACGUCACACGACACUAAAAGAAGGUGUGGUUGUGACUGUUGAUUACACUGAGAAUCGGAGUGGACACGGACCACAGAGUGAAUCGGGGAGUAGAGGAACACAUCGAGUUGAGAGCUGAAGGAAUUUGUGGCAAUUUCAAGAAGCGUUUUUCCAGGAGUGACAGUUUUCCAGCUCACACAGCACGACCAGUUUCAAUAUGAGUAAUAAUCAGGGGAUUGAGUCCGCCUAUGACAACAAAGGAUUCCAGCACGACAAUGGACGACCUCCUCCGUACAACCAAGAGGGGCAGCAGCAGAUCUACCCUCCCCUGUUUCAAGAGACGCCCAACUACGUUGCUGUGACCUCAGCACCCGUCAACACCCAAUUCACUACAGCACCUUCACCACUUCCACCUACCAUAGGACAAAAGCAAGGAAAAAAGAAAUGUCCAUGGAGCUACAUCGUGUGUGCAGUUCUGUGUGUGCUUCUUGUCCUGGCAGUGAUCGGCACCUUGCUGUGGUACUUCUUAGUCCACCAGUGUUUACUGGGGAAGUCGUGUAGACCUGGAGGGAAGUGUUUGAGCCUGUCACAGUGGUGCGACGGAACCAGAGACUGUCCACAAGGAGAGGAUGAAACUCACUGCUUGCGUCUGAAAGGCGCCGAUUCCAUACUGGAAAGUUACACAACAGACAGCGAUAUGUGGCUGCCCGUGUGUGCUGAUUCCUGGAACAACGACUUUGGAAGGACUGUGUGCGAGCAGAUAGGCUACAUGAGCCAGGAUUAUGUGGCCUACAGUAAAAUCAGUACUUCAUCUCCCAAUGGUUACAUGAAGCUACAGUAUGGAAGUAACCCUGACUUUCCAUUUCAACCACAGCUCUUUUACAGCGCAAGCUGCUAUUCCGCAGCUGUCGCACUUACUUGUGUAGAAUGUGGUAAGAGCUCAGCAGCCCCUAAUUCUCGUAUCGUAGGUGGUACAGAGGCAAAGAGUGGAGCCUGGCCUUGGCAGGUCAGUCUUCAGAUAAAUGGUCAGCACCUUUGUGGAGGCUCCAUCAUCAGCCCUUACUGGAUCCUAUCUGCUGCCCACUGCUUCCAACGUUACAACAAUGCUUAUCAGUGGAGGGUCUACGCUGGCGGUGUGAGCCUUCGCUCUAUGACCUCUGGAAAAUCUGUUCAAAAAAUCAUAAAUCAUGAAAACUAUGACCCAGAUACUCACGACAAUGACAUCGCUCUACUAAGGCUCACUUCACCUCUGACUUUAUCUAGCACGGUGAAACCAGUGUGUCUCCCCAACGCUGGAGUUAACCUCGCAGCUGAACGUCAAGCCUGGAUCACAGGAUGGGGAUCCUUACGCGUAUCUGGACCUACCCCUGACAGACUCAAUCAGGCACAGGUGACUAUUUACAGCGAAGAGACUUGUAACAGACAAAGUGUGUUGAACGGAAAAGUCACUGAGACCAUGUUCUGUGCUGGGAAACUGGCGGGAGGAGUCGACACGUGUCAGGGUGACAGUGGAGGGCCUCUAGUGGUCAAGGAGGGAAAUCUGUGGUGGCUGGCAGGGGACACCAGCUGGGGCUAUGGAUGUGCUCUGAGGAACAAGCCAGGCGUCUAUGGCAAUGUUACCUACUUCCUUAACUGGGUAUAUGGACAAAUGCAGAAUGACUGAUCGAGACAUCAAACACACCUGAAGGCAUACCUCUUUCAUUAAGCGGCACUACUUAAACACUCAGCACUUUGAAUCUGUGACUACGCUGGAACUUUGGGAAGAUUCAGGAAGAUUGUAAAGCAAAACUGAUUAUAGCAAUUUUCAAUAUCAAUUAUUGAUACAAGUGAUGGUUAUACUUGAACAAAAAUCUAUCUAUUUUGUUAUAAUUAUUUUUUGUUUGUUUUGAUUUUUUUGCACAAAGAGCUGAGUUUGGGUUUGACAUUGUGACAUUAAAUGUUCUGUAGAUGUAGACAUUUGUCUGCAGUCUCAGGUGGCUCAUACCUGCAGUUCAUUUGACUGUUACUACACAUACUGGAAAAACUCCACCUGCAGUCCUGCAUCUACCUGCUGCCUCUAGAAACGCACUCAGUGAGCACUUAGCAGGCACAGGGGCAUACGGUAUGGCUGGACAUGCUAUUGCAACAGUAUGCAGCGAUGACCAUUUCAACAGACUUCCCUCUCAUUUUAUGAUUGGAUAGAACCUCAUGCCACUAGCUUGCAAUUUUGUUUAUUUAUUUUAAAUCAUUUUUAUUUCCGAGCUACAGUGCACAGGAAGUUACAACUGAAUUAUCAAUUAAACUUUAAUAACUAAGUGUUUCAACACAUGUCAUAGUCUAUAUGUAUGUUGCAGUUUAAAAAUUGGUAUCCUUUCAUUCAGAAUCACUAAAACUGUACAUCAGAGGUUAAAGCUGAUUUCAUUGUGGACAGUCAUACAACUCUUAUUUAGUUUUUUCUUUACAUUUGAAUCAACUUCUGUGAUUUUGAAUGAACAACGCAGGGUGAUGACAUCACCAGUCCUUCAGUGUUUAUGUGACUGCAGCUCUCCAGGCAAAUGAAGUCAAACAUUUGAGUGCAGAAGACGAAUCAAAAAUAAACAACAGUCGGGCGUCAUUUGCUUAGAGUCAAACAACAUCAAACUGUGAGAUGAGUCCUGGUUGAUCCAAUCCUGGCUCAGGGUCAGGACAACAGGGCAGUUUCUUCAUUCAUUUCUUAAUUUUGAGAUCAGUUGUUUUUUUGUUUUGUUUUUUAAAUCUGUUGUUUUGUUUUUCACUGUUUAACAGUUAUUUCAUUUUGUCAUAGUAGAAUUUCCACCAAAGUUAUUUAAGAAGUUAGCCAUAGUUUUAUUUUGCAUCACUUAAGCAAUUGAGUUUCUUACGUAUUUUAUCUGUCAUAACAUAUUUUUAGUAUUUGAAUAUGUGUUAUUCUGUACUGAAGUACUUUUGUGCUUUAUGAGCUCUUGCAUCAGGACGGCCACAAGGAGAGUCCUUUUUGGUAUCACUUUUCACAUACUUCAUUCCUUUUCUAAUCACCUUAUGUGCAAUAAUUAUAAUAAUUAAAAUGAAAAAUGGAGAUCUGGAAGACUUUUUGAGAAGGGAAGGGGCGUCACCAUCAUAGAGAAUGAGAUCAGAGAAUGUCUUUCUUUAGUAAGGCCUUAUAUUAAAUGUAUAAUAGAUGUAAUCAGACACUGUACAGCAGAGAUCACUGAGGCAUUCUGUGACCUCCUGCCGGAACUGAAAUCAUGGUGUCUAUCUGUGAACUUUAGCUCAUGAUAGACUCCUGUUCUACUUGACUUUGUGUUUUUGUUUUGUUUUUAGGAACAAUAUGCCCUGUUGUUGUUUUUUCCAAGCUAUAAUAUUAAAUAUUUCAUAAUGAUAUGUAGUUGUAAUAACAGUUUGGACUAUACAGUAAAUGGCCAUCAAAGGACCUGGGGAAGAACUGUUUUGUGCUUGUCCCUUUUAAAUAAAAAUAAAAAUCCGUUUGACCUUGUACAA